GUGGACAGCCUGCUGAUGCGUUCGCAGGACAGCCGCGCAACAUGUGUGGCUGUGAUUGAAAACCCAUCCGUCGCCGCCAACAGACGUCUAGAUACUGCCGGAAAGAACCAGAGAGAGAGAGGGAGAGAGAGAAUGGCGUGGGCCCUGGCAUGGAGUUUCGGCAACGUUCUCUCCCCUCGACGUUGCUUCCUUCCCUGGCCUCGCCUCGUUGCCAGCCGGCAUCUUUCUGUGGGCGGAAUCGCUCGCGCAGCCACUGCCUCCUUGUCUUCCUAUUCUCCGCCUCAGGCGGAUAAUGCUGAAUCCCAUCCGGAUGCCGCCCAAGAUGCAAAAAUUAGCGCUGACAUCCCCAUAUUGGCUUGCCCUAUAUGUUACAAUCCUUUAAUCAGCAAAAAUGGUCCGGUCAUAAGAUUGGCAUCUCAAUCUGGAUCCAAUUUUGAAUGCCAUACUUGCAAGAAAGAUUAUCUCAGCAAUGACAUAUAUCUUGAUCUGACAGUAGCGGGUGGUUCUGAGGAUUAUGCUGAAACUAUGCCAGCAGCAACUGAACUUUUUAGGACUCCAUUGGUGUCAUUUCUUUAUGAGAGGGGAUGGCGUCAAAAUUUUGUAUGGGGUGGUUUUCCUGGUCCAGAGAGAGAGUUUGAAAUGGCCAAAGGAUAUCUUAAACCCACUGCUGGAGGAACUAUCAUAGAUGCUAGUUGUGGGAGUGGUUUAUUCUCAAGGCUUUUUGCUAAAAGUGAGAUGUUCUCAUUGGUUGUUGCUUUGGAUUUCUCAGAGAACAUGCUGCAGCAGUGCCGCGAUUUCAUCAACCAGGAAGGCAUUUCAAAAGAGAGGUUAAUUUUGGUUAGAGCUGAUAUCUCUAGGCUUCCUUUUGUUUCAAGUUCCAUAGAUGCUGUACAUGCUGGUGCAGCUAUACAUUGCUGGCCUUCUCCAUCUGCUGGUGUAGCAGAAGUAAGCAGAGUUCUGCGCCCUGGAGGUGUAUUUGUUGCAACGACCUUCAUACUUGAUUCGAUACCACUAACUGCUCAGAUCUUGCAAACAGUUCGCCAGUCUGCAGUUUUUCACACGGGCUACGAGCAACUACCUCUUUCUGUCCGAAGGCGAACUCAAAGAUCUCUGUAGAACAUGUGGCUUGAUUGGUUUUACAUGCGUGAGAAAUGGAUCUUUCGUCAUGAUAUCUGCAACUAAACCCAGUUAAUCAUCAAACUUGGAAUUGAUGGCAGGCUAAUCCGAGUUAGGUUUCUCUGGAUGUUAUAAUCGUUCGACCAACUUCUCGUUCAUGGUCACUGAAAAGCUGCAGGCCUUGGGACAACUGAUAGGAUCUGAACUCUGAUCCUGCUUUCAAAUGAAGUUACGGCUAGCUGGUUCUUCCACGCCUCUCUGUUGCACUUAUUGCUGUAUGAAGAUAGAAAUAAUUGAUCCAAGUUGGAUUUCUAAACCCGAUUGCCAUCUGCCUGUGUAAACAAUAGCAUGUAUCAUGUCGUACAGCAUCAAUUAAUAAGUUAUGUUUAGGAUAA